GAAGGAUUUUGGCCCAAUCAAGGUCGGACAAUGGCGCCGUCAGGGAGACUUUAGUUUUGUUUAUGCCGCUGUGUUCUCAGAUUAACUGCUCUUUUCUUUCUUUGCUGGACUCCUCGGUAAAAGUGGUGGAUGUGGAUGUGAAGGAAGGCUUGUCCGCGGGGAUGAGUGAUCUGGGAUGAAAAGAUAAAUGACGGAUAAUGAUGAACUCGGUUUGGGAUCUUGCUCUCGGAUCCACUCCUGUCAAUAACCCCGGAGCUGCAGCUUCCAGAUCCGUGCAUGUUGAGCUCACAUCCCAGCAGAGGCGUUUGCGGCACCUGAGGAGCAUCGCCGCGAGGAACAUCGUGAACAGAAACCACUCUCCGCUGCUGGACACCUACUUCACGCUGCACCUGUGUUCAGACGAUCGCAUCUCUAGAGAUUUUUACAAGAGCGAGGUGAUCCGAGACUCGCUGAACCCGACAUGGCGCAGUUUGGACUUCGCCAUGCUGCCGGACCUGUUGGACACGUCUGUGUCGUGUUUCGUGGUUCGGAUUUGGGGCGGACGAGAAGAACAGUACCAACUGCUGAUAGAGUGGAAGGUGAACCUGGACGGCCUGAGAUACACCGGACAACAGAUCCGGUCUCGGUGUCCUAAUGAGAUCAUAUUUGGGCUGAAUGAUGGAUACUAUGCAGCAGAUCUGGAUCAGAAGGAGAACUCUGAGAGGAAGAAGAACUCGUUACUGCAGGUGGACCAGAGCUCUGUGAGGAACUCGUACAGCGUCUUCUCCCUGCUCAGACUCCACACGGCUCAGAAGGCGAUAAAGCAGACGCAGGUUACAGUUCAGAAAAUUGGGAAAGAGAUCGAGGAGAAGCUCAGAACCACAGCGGCCUGUACAGAACGGAAGAAGGAGCGAGAGUGUAUGCAGUUGCGUAUCGGUGUGUUACGAAGCGAGGUGGAGAGACAGAGGAAAGCUCUGCUGAGAGAGAGGGAGACGCUGCAGAAAGAGAGAGUGCUGCUUCAGAAGAAAGAGGAGGCGUUCAGCUGUAAACACAAGUCUCUGGACUCGGAGCGAGACACUCUCACUGAUCUACAGAAGGAGAGCACAGCUAAAAGAGAGCUGUUCCUGAAGUCCAGCGCUCAGCUCACCUUCCGAUGUCGUCAGCUCCUCUCUGAACUCUCCUACAUCUAUCCCAUCGACACGAACAAUCAGUCAGACUUUGUGAUCUGUGGUGUGAAACUGCCGAACUCUGAAGACUUUCAAGCAAAGGAUGAUGGGAGUGUGGCAGUCGCCCUCGGCUACACGGCACACCUGGUGCUGAUGAUUUCCUGCUUCCUGCAGAUUCCGCUCAGGUAUCCCAUCAUGCACCGGGGCUCUCGCUCGUCCGUCCGGGACACCAUCACCGACAAGCUCAGCGAGAAGGAGAGAGAGUUCCCUCUUUAUCCACGCGGAGAGAGAUUCCACUUCGAGUACGGUGUUUACCUGCUCAACAAGAACAUAGCUCAGUUGCGGUAUCAGCACGGUCUCUCCACGCCGGACCUGCGUCAGACUUUACCCAACCUCAAGCACUUUCUAGAACACGGGCUGCUGGUCAGAUGUGAUCGUCAUCACGUCUCCAGCUCAAUCCCGGUCCCCGUUAGAUCCCACCUGAGCGUCUCGCAGGUCACUUUCCCCGUCUCUCCGGAAGCGGACAAAAAGAAACGCAGGUCGCAAAAACUCUAUGAUCCGGUUGUGACCCCUCUCCCCGUCGCCAUGGCGACGCAGGAAGCUCCGCCCGACCCUCUGGACGUCAGCGUGGAGCUGGAGAAGCCGCUCGAGGCGGACAGACGAGCUGAAGAUGCAGGAACAUCAACACCGGAGCCGAGUACUGAACAGUAUGAUCCGGAUGAGGAGAAGAUUCCGGAGAGAGACCCGGAACUGCCCGGAGAACCGAGCGAGUCGGAAUGCGUGGAGGAAAAUUUGCAGCACCCGGGCGCCAUGAACGGUUCCGCCGGCGUUCCGGCCGGCGCCGAGGUGUGCUGCUCCGUGGAACAGGCCGAGGAAAUCAUGGGCACUGAGGCGAUGGGAUUAGGGUUAGGAUCGCGGGCCGAUGAGUUCCCGUGCAUCCCUGUGGAACACGCCGUGGCCGUAGAGUGCGACGAUCAGGUUCUCGGAGAACUGGAGAACUUUCAGGAGUUCUCAAAACGCAUCUAUGCUCUGAGCGAGAACCCGUCCUGCUUCAGACGGCCACGCAAGAACUCUGAUAAAUAACCAGAGGUCAAAGGUCACCAGGUAGGCCUUUACCUUCACACCUGACUGCAUUGAACAGACAUUACAUACAGAGGUAUAUUAUUAUUAUUAUUAUUAUUAUUAUUAUUAUUAUUAUUAUUAUUAGGAAAUAUCUGGAAUAUUUGCACUCUAACCCUUUCAAAUAAAAUAA